GACAUUUCUUCACCCUGUACCCACGUCCCAUACACACCGUACCUCUAUUGUCCAUAGGAGGGUACCUUAUUACCAUCUGAAUGGGUUUAAGGUUUAGAAGGAGCCAUAUUGUAUGGGACCAGCCCCAAUCGGAUCCUAUCGACUAAUGGAAUGAUGUUAACCAAGGCGAUCUCAAACUACCUUACAUUUCCAGCUGUUUUUAAGGAGUUAUGAUUGAUAAGAUGUAAGAUGAUAUAGCGAAGAUGUAUUUGGAGUAACGUCUUGGACUAGUUGAAUAAAUAAGUAUAUGCGAGAACUGUUUCCCCUUGAUGAGAGGCUGCAUGAGCAAGACCUACUGACCGUAGCACGCCACUGAAGCCAUGGGGUCUAAAGUGGAAGAUAUACGGUGGUCCAAACGCUCCUACACGCUGCGUGAAGCCCUCAAGAGAUGUACAUUCCCACAGAUUAUGAAAGUGUCAAUCGGCUUUGUGUCUUCGGAUGAAAAUGAGACACUUAGUAAAGAUCAGAUUCUUCGAAUUCAUCAAAACCACACACAGACCCGUGUCCUGGCCGGUACAAAGAAAAACAAAUUUCUUAGUAUCCCUCUUCGAUAUGCAGACGCACGAUUUGAGGUCGUGACCAGCAAAAAACGUUCUAAGCCAAUGUACAUGCGUGACGUCAUCGACAGAUCCCUCCUGCCGCAAGAAGUUACUUUCCAUUUUGGAGACGAUUUAACCUUUGACCUUCAAACUGCUAAGGGGAGUGUUUCUGAGAAGUUGAGUCCUCUUUUAUUGAGGAAUAUGUAUGAAGUAAGCUACCUACAAGGAAACGCUAUCUACCACAAUCAUCUUGAUACUCAAGUGAUAAAUAUUCCACUACAUCUUCCAAUCGAAGUCAAUCUAGCCGAAGGUUUCACGAAGCACUCGGUUGAACAAUGGGGGCGCUAUCAAUCACUGCUUGAGAAGCUAGUCUCCAAACACGUGACCUUUGAGCUCUUCCCUGGCAACCAGAAAAUCACCUUCUUCUCCGACAAACGUCUUGAAAAAGCCGAGAGUCAAGAAGACUAUGAGAAGAUCUGGCCAAUCGGAACCCUCUACAUCACCUCAGCUAACGAGAGGUUACGCAGUAAGACAACAACUGGUGCAGGUGUCUCUCGGACAGUGGGCCACACCGCUGCAUCAGCCACAGCUGUCCGAAGAGUAGCCUCUCCGAGCCCACAGGUCACCAAGAAUGGAGAUGCUGGACGGGGUCGACAAAUGACCAAAUCUGCUUCAGCUUCCAUUAUGAUGUCAACAGAUACUGUACCCAGGAAUUCUCGGCCUGUUGCUAAAGUGGUAAGCAAAGGGUCGCCUCCGGUUACCAGACCUCUACCUGUAUCCAGUGCAACCAUGCCAAGAUCCAUCCUACAGAGAGGUCCUAGCCAGGAAGCUUUAAAGAACAAUGUACAACCUCCUCCUUUGCCAACAUCAGCAAGACCAACAAAAGGAAGCCCUACACAGGAUCAAAGACCUGUAGUAACUCACAAUCACACAUCAGCAACCAACUCAAGACAAGAUGGAACAGCGACUAGAGGGCGUGUCCAAAAGCCCCCGCCCAUAACGACAACUCCUGCACAUUAUUCCCGCAAAAGAUCCCCGUCUGUUGACUCCACACCAUCAAAUGUACCGAGCUACCAAAGGAAUAGUUCACCAUCAGUAGGAGCAAGACCAGAUCAAAUUCUUGUCUCAUCGGCCGGACGAGUCCGAAAAGGUCCCAUCUCAAGUAAUUCACCAACAAUCAACGAGACGUUCGGUGCAAGAAGCGUCAGUUCAACCAGCUCAACUGACUCCAAUGAUUACACGCAUCUUAAAACAUUACCUGUCGACAUACCAGCUCCAGAUUAUGACCCAAAUGAAACUGUAUUCCAAUACCCAGGAGCUGUGGAGGCAAAGCAAGGCCCUCCUCCCACGCCUCCACCAAUCUCCUCAAUACCUGUCAAGCCAAAAGCCCCAGCGCCGACUUUCUCACCACAAAUAUCCCAAGUGGGUGAAGCUGGGUCAUCUUCAACACUGUCUUCCCCUGCCUCUUCUUUGUCGUCUAUCCCUGGAGCAUUAGCACUUGCUCCUCCUCCCCCUCCAGGCCCCCCGCCCCCACCUCCCCCUGCCCCAGCCCCAGGUUUACCAGCCCCUCCACCACCCCCUCCUCCUCCUGGAUUAGAUUGGAAGGCUCCAUCACAACAAGUAUCUCACACACCCAUUGCUAAACCGCAACCCAAACCAGUUAGGAACAAUGAACCAUCUAUGAACACAAUGAUGAUGGAGUUAAAAAAGGCACAGCAACGCCGGAUGUCUACUGGGAUCAUUCUAGAAGAUGCCGUGGAUAGCGGCAAAGUGACAUUUGGUCCCUCAAAACAAAGCCCAAGAUCCACAGGUGCUCUUAAGACGCAAGCUCCAUCUGGCACUAAUGAGCUGCAAUCUAUCCUGAGUUCAAGACUAAGGAAGACUUCAACCGACAGAAUUCUUGAUCCUGGUAACGUUCCUUCUGUAGCUCCAAAGCCGACUCCAGGUCGCUUCAAAGUUGGCAACAAAGCUUCUUCAAGCAGCGAUACUUUCAGCAAAGUCGAGGAUAUCCCAACUAAUCUGAAGGGAUUAACAGUGGCUCAAGUCACGCAGUCUUUGCGUCUUCUUAAUCUGGAUAAGUACGCAGAGGUCUUCAAGAAUAACCAGGUUGAUGGUGAAAUGAUGAUAACAUUAAGCAAGGACAUUCUUCGCACUGAGUUUAAAGUCUCUGAGUUUGACAGCCAAAAAAUCAUGAAAUUCCUCGGAGGGUGGCGACCUAAAUAACACUUCCUUUUGGCUGUUAAACGCAAUGUAAAUUUAUGAUGCAGCUCAUACUUGCUUAUAAAUACAAGAGGAAAACUUAUUUUACAAAAUGCAAUUGCUAAAUUAGACCGUGGAGUUUAUGAUUUUAAUUUUUUUAUUAUAAACUUAAAACUUAUGUAUAUUUCUAAGAUAAAGACUAGUUAAGGUUCUAUUAUAAGCUGUAAAUUUCAUUCGUCAUUUAAAACCUUUUAGUGCCUCAUAGAUCUUUCUAAUCGGUCAAACAUUUGGAAAACUAUAAUGAUAGUGAUAUUUUUACCAUCAACAUGAAAUUACCAAAUGGUUGACUGACAUUCCUCCAAGUACUGUCAGACUAUUUCAUCACAGCCUCACCUUGACUCGAGUGGUUUACAAUGAACGAAAAUACAAAAUGGCUGCUUCAAACAUUAACGUACGAUCACAUCAUCUUUACUGUAAAGUACUGUUAUAAAGGUAUAUUUAAAUUGAACUAGAUUGUACAAGUUCAUUUUCAGUAAAUGUAGGCAGAUUUGUAAAAAUGAUUUCCGAGUCAGAAAUUAAGGGCAUAAAUUAAGGGCACAAACAAAAAGUUUCUUAUUGAUAAGGCCAUGAUUUUGAUUUUAUCAUGUGAUGCUUCUUGAUCAAAUCAAUAUCAUGACGUCUAAAAGAGGUUUGAGUUAACACCAUGUGAAUAUCUCCUUUCGAGUAAUAUUCACUCCUGAAGACGAUCAGAGCAAACUGAUUGCAACAUUGAGUUGUUAACCACCGGUGCCGUUCCGAACCAAUGUUACUCAAAAGAGAUAUUCACUUGUUACUGCAAACCUCUCUUAGUUUAUACCCUGACCAUGCAAAGUUUCAAAUCCAACAAGUCAUGAUGUGUAAAUUGAAAGAUAAAAGCUCUGACAACUGUCGCAAGCAGAUCAUUAGCCCAUCAGUAGAUUUACAUAUUUUAUAGUGAAUAUUUUCUAAAGACAUAUAUUACGCAAAUAAUUAUUUAGAAUGCAAAUAGUAAGGGUCUAUAGGUUUCUUAUAACGGUGUAAUACAGGAUUGAUACGGAUAGAAAACAUUGUUUAAUAUUUAGUUUCAAAGUUUACUGAUUAUGAAGUUCAGACUAGAACCAUUUUUGUUUGGAAAUUUUUCCCACUGAAAUGAAUUGAUCAAGAAAACUGUUUCUGGCUCAUUGAAACCCUUACAAAAUACAAUAGCUGAUUUUGGUUGUUACAACCAAAAUUAAGAACACUGUGUACAUGCUGUAACAUUGUGCAUGCUUGUCACUGUUUUCUCCUGACUCGCACAAAGGAUUAAGCCCAAAUUUUCACUUGUUUGUUACUUAAUGUAUAUGGUUGAUCACAGAACAUACACACUAUUUCUAUGACUAUUAAAAAAUAGUUUUAAUUUAGUAGAUAAAACAAGAAAGGGUAGUGGUAGCACUUGCAGUUAAACUAAUUAUAUAAAAACCUUCAAGAGCUUUUGUAGCAACAACUACAUCCUUGCAUCCUACGAUGAAGUAGUUGUUACUACCAAAACUCAUGCAGUUUUGUAUACAUGUAUAAUUAGUUAGUCUGUAAGUGCUACCACUACCUUCCUUGCUGUGACUAUUUCGUCAGCUCUACCAAUCCUGUGUAAUACCUUUAAGGUCUAUGUGUAAAUAUUGAUUCUACGUUACAAUGGGAGAAUAUAAUGAGUAAGUAUUGGCAUUAUGCAAUGAGCAACUUGUGUACAGGCAUUCUGUUGAGCAAACAAAUUUAUUCAGACGUUAGUCUAUACCAUGCUGAACAUGUGGCAGAGGGUGUCAUCCUCCCCAAAAUGCUCCCAUACUUAAAGGCACUGGGGUCGAUUUCACAAAGAGUUAGGAGUUACUAACUUAAGAUGAGUAACUUGUCCUAAGUCGAGAUGAGACUAUUCUUAGCUCUUUCCCCAAAAAAUUACUUGGUAACAAGCAAUGGAGAGUUGUUGGUAGUAUCACACUUCGUGAGAACACUCUUUCUGAAGUACUGUAGUUUUUAGAAAGAGGUAGCUUCUCACUAAAAUAUUUGAAUCUGAGAUUGUACUAUCAACAGCUCUCGUAACCAAGGAAGUUUUUAUGCUAAUAUUGUGAGUAAAAACAAAAUGUGUUCAGUGCAUUUAACACGGUUUCCUGUGAAAGAAAGUUCAACUGUGUCAAAAUAACUUCCUGUAAAUGAAACAGAAAAUAAAUAAAUAAAUAACUUGAAACUAUAUAAUCAGCUAGUUUACUAUCUGUAUAUAUUAAGCUGACUGCAAGAGUAUCAAUUUGUUAAAACAUUGAGCCACACGAGUGCAUCUGCUGCAUGUCCAAAGUUUGUUUAUUCUUCCAGCUCCAAAGCUGAAUAUUGCUUAGUAAAUCUCUUUGCUAAGCAAAACAUAAGCAUGGCACCAGUUGCAACAAUGUAAACUUUAUGGAGUUUUGGCUGCUUACAAGUUUCUGUUUAGCAAGAUUUGUCUGUGCUUAGCAAGUUUUUAUGCUGACAGGAUUUAUGAAAUUGGGCCUUGGUAAUCAGUGGAGCCAAUUGGUAUGAAGUUGGGGCGGCUUAAACUGGAAUUAGGUCACACUUAUAAACAGGAUACUCAAAAGCGAUAGACGCAAAUUUCAAGUGCUGUUUUUUAAAAACACAUAAUUAAAACUAUCUGUAUAUGUAUGUAUGUAAUGUGAGAAAAUGAAAUAGCAAUCUUUUGUACUUCUUGACACAGUAAUAACCAUAAUAUGGAAGUAGUGAAAGAGUAUGCCAGCAAUGAAUUAUUGUUAGCUUCCGACAUUCUCUGGUUGAUUUCCACUGAAUAAAAGGCAUAAAUAUAA